CUACUGGCCCUGAUGAUAGUCACUUGGUGGAAGAAGAACAGCAAACAUAAAGACGCUCAGACCGGAGCCGCUAUAGAAUUUGUGGACAAUGAAACGACUGCGAUCAACAAGGAGCUGCAAAGUGCUCUACAGAUGGUAACAUGGGUCAAUUUCUCUGAUGUUGAGAAAGCAGACUGGAUUAACAAGGUGGUGGAGCAGGCCUGGCCUUUCUUUGGGAUGUACAUGGAGAAGCUCCUUAAAGAAAACAUCCAGCCGGUCAUCAGGCUCUCAAAUGCCGCACUCAAAAUGUUCACGUUCACCAAGAUCCACUUUGGUAACAGACCUUUCAGGAUCACUGGAAUAAAAGCAUACACACAUGAAGUGGAUCAGAGGGAGGUUGUUCUGGACAUGUAUAUAAGUUACGAAGGUGACGUGGACAUCAACGCUGUGGUGAAGCCACCGAUCACAGCUGGUGUCAAACAAAUCAAACUCAAGGGGAUGCUGAGGGUUAUUUUAGAUCCUCUCAUUGGUCAAGCACCACUGGUGGGAGGUGUCACCUUUUUUUUCAUACGUUGUCCGACCUUAGAAAUCACCUGGACUGGCGCUACCAGCAUUUUGGACAGUCCUGCCUUUGGGUCCUUUUCUGAGGAGACCAUCUUGGGCAUCAUUGCUUCGCUCAUGGUUUUGCCCAACCGCAUGUGUUUUCCCCUCAUAGAUCAGGUCAAAAUGGACCAUAUGAGGUUCCCGCUGCCUUGUGGCGUGGUGAGGGUCCAUGUGCUAGAGGCCAGAGACCUGGUGGCUAAGGAUACAUAUAUGAUGGGUUUAGUGAAAGGCAAAUCAGACCCCUAUGCAAAACUCAGAGUUGGAGACCGCCUUUUCAAGACCAAGACCAUCAAACAGAAUUUGAACCCAGUAUGGAAUGAAGUGUAUGAGUUUGUCGUCCAUCAGGCCCCGGGACAAGAACUCGAACUGGAGCUGUAUGAUGAGGACACAGACAAAGAUGAUUUCCUUGGAAAGUAUAACCUUGAUUUUGGAGAAGUGAGGAGGGAGAAAGAGAUAGAUCAGUGGUUUACUCUGGAGGGGAUCGCGAAUGGAGAAGUUCAUCUCAAGCUCCAGUGGCUUUCCCUUCAAACGGACUCCAGCCUGCUAAAGGAGUCUGCAGAUGGCCUCGCUUGUGCAAUGCUCGCAGUGUAUCUGGACAAUGCCUCAAACCUGCCAAAACACCGUGAGAUUACCGAACGUCAGAAACAGGAGAAACACGGGAAGCACGCAAAGGAACCCCAGCUCACAAAGAGGACUCCCCUUCCCAACUCCAUUGUGGAGUUUUCCAUUGAUGAGAAUGUUCAGAAAAGCAAGGUCGUGUAUGCAUCUAAAGAUCCGGUGUGGGAGCAGGGCUUCAAUUUCUUUGUGCGUAAUGUCAAAACUCAGCAGCUCAUUGUUCAGGUCAAAGAGAGUGAGAAGAAGACUCUGCUGGGCAGUCUGAACCUGCCCCUGACUCGUUUCCUCAACACCUCCAACAUGACACUGGACCAGCGCUUCCAGUUGGAGCGCUCCGGCGCAAACAGCCAGAUCAAACUGAAGGCCAUUCUCAGGAUUCUCACUGUGGACAAGCCUAAGCCCAAGGAUGUCUCCAGUCCUCCACAAGUCAAACAACAACAAAAAGGCCAGGCCAACCAAGCAACUAAUGGCUCUGUGCCCACGGCCUCCGUUGCUACUUCUUCUUCUCCAGCACUUUCCUCCACCAAUAACGUCAUUACCCAGGCCGCAGCUCCAGCUCAAUCUCUAGCUCCAGUACGAGCAGCGGAUUCCCAGAAUGGCUCUAAUGACGGCUUUUCAUCUCACAGCCGUGGUCAGACUUCUGAAAGCGGGCGGUCGCCUCCUUCCGCAUCAAGCAUCCGUCGGUAUGACUCCAAAAGCCUGCUGUCUGACAACUCCAUUGCUUCUUCACGUUUUGACAUUUCAGACGGAGCCUCGUAUCCAGAGGCCAUCAGGAAACAUAAGGGUUCUUUUGGAGAGAUCCACCUGACUGUGCGCUAUGCCACCCUGAGAAACAAACUCAUCAUCCUGGUUAAUGCAUGCAGGAACUUAUUCCCCUGCAGUCAGAAUGGCACGGACUCUUAUGUCCGCCUGUAUUUGCUCCCUGAUCAAACCUGGAGACACCGCAAGAGAACACAUGUCAAGAGGAAGACAGUCGAUCCUGAAUACAAUGACAAGUUUGAUUUUGAUGUGACACUUGAGGAAGCACAAACUAGGAAGUUGGAUGUGGCUGUGAAAAACAACAAAAUGUUCCACACACGUGAGAGAAAGGACAUUGGCAUGGUGCUGCUGGAUCUUUCACAGCUGGAUUUAGUCAAAGGCGUCACAGACUGGUAUGAACUCACACUGCCUGGGCUGAAGACAAUGACCUAGCAGGUGAAACUGUAACACUUCUGUGUGCAGCUUGAGGAGCAGCUGCUCAGCCUCCUGAAAAUUGCUUGGAGAAUUGCACAUUUCUUUGUCUUUUUUAUUACUGCAGAUCGGAUUUGGGAUUUCCAAAGGAAACACUAAAAUCACCUUAGACACUACACAUGCUUGGUAUUGUAUGUUUAAGUGUGUAUGUUCACAGGCUCAUACUGUACAGUAAUAUUCCAAACUGGUACUUGGAGCUAACUGUUUAAAUGCUACUUGUCUCACUUACAGAUGUCUCACAUAAUUUCACAAAAUAUUCAGAAUAAACUAAAAUGUCCUAAGUGAUUUUGAACAAAGCAAACAGCUGCAAAUACAACUUUUAUACAUGCUUCAAUAUCCCAAAUAAUGUUAGCAUAAGUUAUUGUAUCAACUUAUUAUGAUUGACAGCAGAAACUGAUUAUAUAAUAAGUAUUUUUAUCAAUUGAAAGAAAAAACAGUUAGGACAUUUUUGGAUUUUACUUUGUCAUGAAACAAGGUAUUGUCUUUAUUCUGGAUAUUUUUUGAGGUUUGGUUUCUAAGUUGUUAUAAGCCACAGUUAUUGUUUGUAUAUUUAUGUAAAUAGUUGUAUUGACAGUUUUUAUGUAAUAUAUUAAGGGAAAUAAAGUAAAAAAUCAAGUGUGUGUUGCAGUAAUCCAGGAGGAUCAUUAAAUGGUGAGGGUUGUAUGCUUUAAUCCACACUAGUAUUUACAGCUGGAAGAUGUGGUGUCAAGGCGGCUGAAGCAGAGGGUUUAGGAGAUUGCAGUACUUUGUUCAGGGAUGCCAUGCCACUGAGAAGAUGACCUCCUCUCAGAUUUACCACCUGGUCUUUAAGUGGUUUUCAGUUGCAAUAUUUCAAAUAGGUAACGAGUGGUAAUUGUACGUUACCAAGAAAAAUGUUUGACAUUUUUACAAACAAGUUUUUGUGUCAUUGUCAAACACUUUUGAUAUGAUUUUCAUAUAACUAAUACAAAUAAAAUAGCUUCAUGCAUUUAUGUAGAAAUUAACAUAAAACUGAAAUUCAUAUACAUGCGCUGUAAUGUGUAGUGCUUCAUAUUAAUUUAUUAGGACAUGGGAAAAUAAUCAUCUUGCAUUACUUGGAGCCAUCAUUUGAGUAAUCUGGAUUUAAGGGAGCCAUAUAUUUAAAAAAACAACAGGUAGUUGUAAUGCAUUAUGUGAAGAAUUUGGUUUUGAUUGUAGACUACAGUAUCCAGUCAAUGUACUGUAUAUACAGUUGUAUGUGAUCGAGACUGAAGGCUGGCAAGAGACUGUUAGUCAUUAAUGGUGAGCUGCUUAUUUGUAUCCUUCAGUAGCUGGAAAAUUUAUGACAGUUUUCCAGUUCUGGCAUUUUUGAAUUAACACUCAAAAAUAUUAGGAAAAAAUAAUCAUUUAAUGACAAGUAAAUAAGCAUUAAAUUGUUUGAAUAAGUGUGAAUGUGUGUACUUGAUUCUCUUAUCACAUAC